CGCGUGUCGGUUGGAUGCGGGUGGCGGGUGCACAGCGGGGAGCAGGUAGGGAGGACAUGCGGUUAAGAGGAGCGGGGCGCUGCUGGUAGAAGGGUAAUCUUCCGAAUCUGUUGAUGCUGGUGGUACGGCGGCAUGCGCGGUGCCCUUCUUCGAACCACCACCACCCCCACCUGUACCACCCUCAUCCUCGUGUAUCUGGCAGCUGCCGCUGCUGCGGGUUUCCCACUACCACCUCCAACGACGACGUUCGUUCCGAUUGCUGCCUCCACGAUCCGGUCCUUCGCUUGCGGGUGCGGAGAGGCUGCUGCUGCAGGGUGGUAGCGCGCAUCAUCGUUCAACGCGAAACUCACCGAGCGACGACGGUAACGACGACUACGAGCGAGAGCAGCGACUACUGCGACCACAGCGCAGGGUUUUGCGGAUCACCCAGCAGCAGGCCAUAUUCCGAGAACCGAGGACCGCUUUCGAGGGAUCGAUCCGGAGUGUUCUUGUUGUUAUUUUUGUUUGUGUGUGGUGUGCUUGUUGGUGCUUAGACCGUGCCUAGAGACCGGAAAAGGGAACCGGAUUUCGCCGUCGCUACCGCUGCCGUCAGCCUUCGGAAUCGGAUACCCCGAGUCGGACAACGACGACAACCACGACUGCGACGACUGGUGCGUGUGUAUUGGUGCGCGGAUCUCUACCCCCUGCCCUGCCAUCUGCGCGUCGUGCCCGCAUCCGUCGUCGUCGCCUCUCCCGUUUGACCGCGUACGCCCACCUCCUCGGCAUCUUUUCUGCUGCUACCGCCGAACAGGCGGACGAACGGCCGGGUGGGGUCGGUGUAGAUACGGAUUUCGCCCCGAGGUGCGACGGUUGUUCGAAGCGAAUCCCGGGUUCACGGCACCAAGUGCGCUGCUCGGUCGAGUAUUCAGUGUUGUGUUGGGCUCAUCGUCACGUACUCCGAGAGUGAGACCGGAUGUAACACGGCCGCCAUUACUGUCGGAUUGUCGGUCGGAUGGUUGGUUGGUUGGUUGGUUGGUUGCUCGUCUUGCUCCGCUACCGCGUGCGUCACCCAGAGCUGGCGCUGAAGGACAGUAUUCAACAUCAUCAUUUUCGUCAUUACGCACCGCACCGAGUCGUAGCAAGCGCGUCGGAGGUACAGCAAUUUAAUCUUUUCUCGUGUGUCUCGUGGUCAUCCGGACGGGAUCCCGAUUGUGUGUCGUAAGCAAAAGUGUCGGGGAAUUGGACCUGGUGCUCCUGGCCCGUAUCACCGCUCACCGUAUCGGUCGGAAAGGGCGCAGAUUGUGGUUCGCUAUCAUCGACCACGGCUUGCUGCGGUGGUCGUAAUCAAAACGCGGGAACAACAGAGGACCACAGUAGACGGUGGGAUUAUUUGUUGGUGGUAACAACGGUGGUGGACAGGCAAGCAAGCUAGCAAGAGCGAAAGCAAGAUUAUCGGAACGACAACGACGACCACGACGGAGAAGACCGUCCAUCGGUCGGUCGGUCGGUCGGUUGGUCGGUGCGUGGUGCGUAGCCCGUUUCGCGAGUGCUUCUACCGUACGUGUGCGCGAGACAGAGAUAGAGCGAACACGACGGCGACACGGUGUGUUCCGCCCUGCGGGCUCACCGCUUGCUUGGGUGGAAAAGAAACAGGACAAGCAGCAGCAGCAGCAACGGUGGCGUGAAGCAGGUUCGAAGCGCGGUGUGCGUAACGCGAGGAGCCCCUGCUCCACCGGAUCCCGGGCAAUCGCUCGUCGGGAACGAGUUGCUGGGGGUGGGUGGGUGGUGUGGUGUGGUGCAUCAGGCAAACGGAGGGGGCGCAUACAGGUUCGCAGCGUCGAGCGAGCGAACGAGCGAGCGGCAACGACGACGACGACGACGACGGCGACGGCGACGUGUGCUGCAAGGCUGUACAGCAGCUGCAGCAGCCGCGCAAUCGUGAGUUGAGGCGUAACAGCCGCCGACAGACAGAGCGCGAACCACGUACACGGAUCCCGUCGAGCCGAGUCAAGUUGAGUAUCGACCGGUGGCGGAGAGUCGUGAAGAGACCAAGUGGCACAGAGGAGGAGUAGGCAACCGACCACACAGCAGCAGCAGCAGCAAUAUGAUGAGCCAAGCAUCUAGUAGCCGUAGCGGCAGAGACGGGAGCAUGGAGCUGAAAACGGAACGCAAAGAUAAUGGUAUGGAAGAGGCCGAAGUGGAGGAUGAUGCUGAUGCUGUCAAGGAGGAGGAGGAAGUCGAGGGUCACACGACCACAAACGCCCACCUCGAUGCGGGCAACUCGUCGGAUCUGGAGAUAGUCGUCGGUAUCGACGAGGAUCACAUCAAGUUCCUCACCAGUAUGCAUUCGGGCGACGAGGAACCACCUCACAAUGGACACCAUCCCGAUGGUGCUGGUACGUUGCGGAUGGCAUCGGCAAGGGCGUCGGCUACAACAGCGGAGCGACGUUCCGGUUCCGGUAGUGUUGGUGGCUUAGCGGGACAGAACGGUGGUGCCCGUCCAGCCGCUCACAAACUCACACAUCGUAAACAGCAUCAGCAGCAGCAGCAGCUGCCAGGGUUGCUACAUCAUUCCCAUCGAUUGAAUGGCAUUUUCAACGGAAAUGGUAAAGCUCCGCGACGACGGAUGCCUGGAGUGGAGACCGGUAAUGGUGCCGCCAACCGGCGACCGCCACAUCUUACCUUCACCGAUGAUUCCGCCGAUGAUGAGGACGACGAUGAAGAUGACGAGGAUAGCGAUGAGGAGGAUGAUGAUGACAGUGAUGAUGAGGACGAUGAUGAGGAUGUGAUGGCAGAGGCUGCUACGAUCCUGUCCAAGACGGCCCAGCAACGAUCGGCGGCUAGUGCCGAAGCCCGCCGGUAUCAGUGUGAUUUGUGUCCGCGGGCGUUUGCCCGGCCCGACUACCUGCGCUACCAUAUGCGUACGCACGAGAAAAGCAAUUCCUUCGAGUGUAAGCUGUGUUUCAGCAUUUUCGCCUCGGAUCCGGCCUUCGCUCAUCACAUUCGAACCGAGCACGCCGGUAUGGGGCUUGCCGAUGCCCUACCACCGGUACCAGAAUCGGAAGCGAGCCGAGUCAUCUGCACGUAUUGUGAUCGGACGUUCGCGGAUGCGGACCAGCGGAGGGAUAUUUGUGUAUACCAUGCCAAAAUAAUUCUCAAAAUAUAUUCAUUGUUCAUCGCCGCUCACCUCAGGAUGCUGGAACGACUUUUUUUGUCUAGAAAGCAAAAUUUCACAUGUGUUUUGACGUCGUUCCAUCUACAUAUUGUUCAAUUCAUGGGUUGGCUGCUGGGCAAGUAUUUUUCGCUAUUGGGGAUCAUCUUUAUCCAAACGAGCCUGUAAUUUAUGGCCCUCUACUUUUCUAGGUCGAUUUUCACCCUUCUUGUCACUCAAAUCAUUUUCGAACCAACGAAAAUAAUCUCUACAAGUAAUUCCCGAUAGUGCCCUUUCACCAUAGCGCUCUACAAGCAUUUUUAUGGGUUUCGGCAGCCGGUUUAUUCAAAUGAAAGCAAAAAAAAUAGAGCUUCCCGCAUAUGCUCUUUUUCUAG